UCCCGCGUGGGCGCUCGCCGCAUCGAUGUCUCGGCGCUCGCUGUGCCCGCCUGGCCGCGCUCGGCGGUGGAUUGGCGCUGCCUGCCCGCCGCCCCGGAAGGCGCUGCGCUCGAACCGGGGCCGCGGCGGCUCCGGCAGGCGCUCCCCGCUGGAUCAGGAGGUGCUGCCCCGGUGGCCAAAGGUCGGAGAUGGGCCGGCGCUCCUCGGACACGGAGGAGGAGGGCAGGAGCAGGAGGAAGAAGAAGCACCGGCGGCGCUCCUCCUCCAGCAGCUCCUCGGACAGCCGCGCCCACAGCCGCAAAAAGUCGGGCAGGAAAUCCAGGUCCAGGUCGCGCUCUCGGGAUCUCCCGUCCUGGUCCCAUUCCUAUGAGAAAAGGCGCAGACACAGAUCCAGCAGCAGCUCUUCCUACGGCUCCAGGAGGAAGCGCAGCCGCUCCAGGGGCAGAGGCAAAUCCUACAGGUCCCAAAGGUCCAGGUCAAAGAGCAGAACCAGGAGGUCGCGCUCGCGGGCCCGGCAGCGAUCCUACAGCCGCAGCAGCGAGCGGUCCGGCCAGCGCAGGACGCCCAGCGCCUCCCGGGAGCGCCGCAGGGGCCGCGACAAGGACAAGGACAAGGCCAAGGGCAAAGGCAAGGAGAAGGAGAAGGAAACUCACGGCACCAAGGCUGGGGACUCUGCAAACAUCAAAGCUGGAUUAGAACAUCUGACUCCUGCUGAACAGGCCAAGGCCAGGCUGCAGCUGGUUCUGGAGGCAGCUGCCAAAGCAGAUGAAGCGUUGAAGGCCAAGGAGAGAAGUGAAGAAGAAGCCAAGAGAAGAAAGGAAGAAGACCAAGCCACCCUCCUGGACCAAGUGAAGCGAGUGAAGGAAAUCGAAGCCAUCGAAAGCGACGCCUUCAUCCCACAGACCUUCAGGUCCAGCAAAGAAGUCAAAAAGUCAGCAGAACCUGCUGAACUCCAGCAGGAGCCUGUCAAUGUGGGAGCAGGAGCCACUGAGGCAGCUGCUGCUGAGAAAGAGCCUCCAGCUGCCAACAUUCCCACUGCCAUCAAGUACCAGGAUGACAAUUCCUUAGCUCAUCCAAAUCUGUUCAUGGAGAAGGCAGAGGCUGAGGAGAAGUGGUUCCAGAGGCUGGUGGCUCUGCGCCAGGAGCGGCUGAUGGGAAGCCCCGUGGCCUGACAGCUCCCAGGACAUCCCAGGCCACUUCCACACGGAGCUCCUACACUCAGCUGUGCUUUGUGUCUCUCAGAGGAGAUUUGGAUGAGCUGGGCAGGCAGGGAGGGUUUCAGUGGAUAACCAGGAAUGGCCUGCCCUGCUCCACCUGGGUGACCAGGAGUGUUCUUUCCUGGUUCCCCUGGAUAACCAGGAAUGUUCUCUCCUGAAUAACCAGGAAUGUUCUCUCCUGGUUCCCCUGAAUAACCAGGAUGUUCUGUUCUGUUUCACCUGAAUCACCAGGAAUGUUCUCUUCUGUUCCACAUGGAUAUUCAGGAGUGUUCUAUUCUAGUUCCUCUGAAUAACCAGGAAUAUUCUCUCCUGAAUAACCAGGAGUGUUCUCUUCUGGUUCUCUUGAAUAACCAGGAAUGUUCUCUACUGGUUCCCCUGAAUAACCAGGAUGUUCUGUCCUGCUCCAGCUGGAUAACCAGGAGUGUUCUUUCCUGGUUCCCCUGGAUAACCAGGAAUGUUCUCUCCUGGUUCUCCUGAAUAACCAGGAAUGUUCUUUCCUGGUUCCCCUGGAUAACCAGGAAUGUUCUCUCCUGGUUCUCCUGAAUAACCAGGAAUGUUCUCUCCUGGUUCCCUCCACGCUCAGUGCUGGAGAUGGGCAGGGCAGCACAGCCAGGGCCAUUUCCAUUUUUUGGAGGGAAUUCCUCAGGUGAAGAACACCUGGCAGCCCAUGAAAUACCAUUUUAUCCCUCCCAGUGCAGAAAAUUGUAUAGAGGCAGGUAGGAGUUGGGAGAUAAAGUGGGAACUGAGGCUCAGGGCUGGGGCAGUGAGGGAUGGGUGGAACCAUCCCUGUUCUCCCUUCCUCCUGUGGAAUCCUGGACAUGUGGGCAGCUCCUGGCUGGGGGAAUCCUCUCCUGGAUGUGUUCAUCCAUCUGCUCCCACUGCCUCAUUCUGGGAGGGAAAUGCUCCACGUUUCCUUCAGCAUCUGCCACUGCUGCAACUCCAAAUGGGCAAUUUCAUCAACCUCAUCAUUUCUGUAAUUACCAAAUUAGGGAAUUAGCACACAGCUGCUUCUGGGCAGUGGCUGUCCCCAGCCCGUGGAGCUCCCUUGGGCCAGGUGGGACUUUCAAAUCAUCAAAGUUUAGUGUGAACAUGAAUUUAGCCUGGAUAAACUUCCACAAAAAUCUGCCCAUCACCCAUCUAAGUGCAGGAAAUCAACCAAAUCAAAUAAAUAAAAGUAUUUCUCCAGCAAGGCUGGGAGGAAAUUGUCACAUCAGGAGAGGAGAAAACUGAGCCCCAGCUGUGGAUGUGCUCCUGGAGCUGCCCUGCAUCAGCAUUCCCUUGGGAAGCUGCUUUUGGGAUUAUUUCUCCUGGUUCUCAGACCUGUGCUGAUACAGAAUGGAGGCUCACUCUGCAAAUGGACUUUGCUUGGUUUGGUUUUUUAUUUUAGAUCCCGGAUAUAAAAGGAAAAUGUAUUGAAUUUGCAUUCUGACAAAUUUUUACUUCCUUUAUGAAGUGUUAGUUUCAUUUUAUCCUGCAUCAAAAUAUUCCAAGAGCUUGUCUGCAGGAAAAAGUGGGAAAAUGUUUGUUUCCCUUGUUUCAUUUCAGCAUUUUCAAAUGGUAAAAUUUGUCAUUGCUGCAUUUUCUCAUCACCUUUUAUGUUUCUUUCAUAGAAAAUAAAAACUGUUUGAUGUCUAUGGAA